AUGACCAUCUCAGACUACCUGGUCACAGACGACCUCACCGUUCUUCUCGGCUUCAUUGGGGUGUCUGUAUUUCUCCUCCAGAACCUCUACAAACCACAGCCUCUCGUCCACCCAAUUCUCUUAGGUCGGCAAAGUGAUGCUGGGCGUGUGAGGCAUCCAGGCGAGAGCGCGGUUUACCGCAACUAUGGAACAGGGCUUAUGGGCAGGUUCCCUGUCCGACCUGACAAAGACGUGAAUAUUGUGACUGACUUCGUGAAACCUGAUUUUGAUGCACCACGUACUCUCUGGUCUACGAAAAUCACAAAUGCUCAGCUGAAAGCGCGAGUCUCGGCGUUUGGCUCGGGGAUCGCUAAGCUUGUCCCAGAGGAUUCAACUGUCUUGAUAUUGCUUAAUGAUUGCAUCGAGUUCGUUAUCACUGACCUCGCACUCUCGGAGCAGUCCAUCGCUUCCAUCACUCUGAGCUCCCCCAAGCUGCUCGCGCAAGUCCUUGAGAUGCACCCACCUGAUGCCAUCAUCACAGACCAUACUUUUUUGCCGCAUGUUUUUAAGGCCGCUCGAGAUGCAGGCAAGCACAAUCACAAGCUCAUUGUGGUUAAUCCGCCUCAAGUUUCGGAUAUCAUCAUGCACCGCUGGAAUAGUGUUGAAUCUCUUGGCAAGGUACCUCAAGCUCCAAAAAACGCUCCUCAGCCCGGUAGUGCAUACACUGUCUCAUUCUUCGAGACUCCAUCGGGUGAGAUGCGGUGUGUGCAGCUCUCACACGAGAACUUCACCUCCGGCGUGACGGCGAUCAAGGCACUCUUCCCCGCGGCCAUUAAUAUUUCUACUCUAGACACCAUCGUCUCUAGUCAUUCUUUGAGCACUCCGUACGGACGUGCCAUCGCCUAUGCAGCUCUUUUCGAGGGUGCUAGUUUUGCGACUCUGCCUUCGACAAGCGUCUACCGUGAUGGCGAUGCACCGGCUCUAGAUGUAGCUGACAUUCUCUCUGCGAUUAAGUUUCCGAUACCUUCUCCUACAGUUCUCUUCCUCAAGCCCGAACAUGUUCAAUCGCUUGCAUCUUCAGUGAUGGACCGUGCGAAGAAGUCUUCCUUCGUCUUCCCCCUGGCGUGGCGGCACAAAUUUGCUAGUCUCACAGAAGGAUUCCUUACCAAGGACAGUCUAUGGGACCGUACUGUUUUUAGUAGCGCACGAGAAGAUGUACUUGGGAAAAUGGCUGACACAGUGAAGGCGGUCGUGAUCAGUGGUGGGCUUUUACCAUCUGACGUGCUUCUGCCUGCUCGCUUGGUGCUUUCCAUCCCAUUGAUAAAUACAUAUACCCAUGGUUCUGCUACUGAGGUAAAACUCAUCGGUGUCAACGACAACGUAGUCGAAAAAGGUGCAGACCCCGUUGGCGAAAUUUUGGUUCGAGGACCGUCAGUUGGUAAUAUGCUGUCGGCUGAUGGAGAGGCUGGCGAGAAGAAUGCAUGGGUACAUACGGGAGAGAUGGCGCGCGCGAUGACGAAUGGUGCGUUCAAAGUUCUCGGCUCUAUGUGA